GGUGGGAAAGAGCUCCCCGGCCCCCAGCUGACAGCUGAGCGCGCCGCAGCCCCGAAGGAACCCAGCUCCCGGCGAGGCAUCCCCGGACUGCUUUCCGUCGGCAUCAACAUGGCUGCGGCCCUGCGCGCUGCGGCCGCUCUGCUCCGCGACCGGCUGGUGCCCGGCAGCUCGAGGGUACAGCAGCAGUGGAGGUGCCAGUCGGGGGCAGCGGCCGCAGCAACAGCCACGGAAACAGCCCGACAGGUCAAAAGCACAAAACCUCAAGUUCACCCAGAGAAGAGGAAGCCCAAAACCGGGAUAUUAAUGCUAAACAUGGGAGGCCCUGAAACCCUUGGAGAUGUUCACGACUUCCUGCUGAGGCUUUUCUUGGAUCGAGACCUCAUGACGCUGCCGCUGCAAAAUAAGCUGGCACCAAUCAUCGCCAAACGCCGAACCCCCAGAAUCCAAGAGCAGUACCGGAGGAUUGGUGGCGGGUCCCCCAUUAAGAUGUGGACGUCCAAGCAAGGAGAAGGGAUGGUGAAGUUGCUGGACAAGAUGUCCCCCCACACAGGUUGGAUGUUCGAGUCUACCUAGGGACACCUUGGAAGAAAGGCCUGAUGAUCUACUUCUGAAAGAUCAGCCAUUGAAAACUCUGUGGUGCACAAUUCUACUAUGACAGACAUGCGCUUUCCAUGAGUCAGAACUGACUUGAUGGCAACUGGGAAAAAAAGAAAUUGUGUGGUUGUGUAUGCUUUUGAAAUAUAGGGUAGUAAAAAGAUGCAGGAGGAUGGGGGAGGUUGCAGAGGCUGUCGUUUUGUAUAUGUUAAAUGGGGAGAGUUGUUUUAAUCACUUGUUAUCAAUGCACUCUUAUUGAGUAUCCUGCAUAUGUGAAAUGAUGCUAUUGUAUUUGGUCAUAUAAACCAGGUGACCUGGUAUCUAAGGUAACAGGGGGUGGGGACUCAAUGGCAGGAGCAGGCUGGGGUGUGGAGUGAGCAUGGACUUUGGGAUGAGGGGAUCCAGCUUAUAAUUCGACCAUCUACUACUGGGUGUGACUUUGGGCAGGUGAAUUAACCUCACAGAAUCUCCACUUGUUUAUUUGAAAAUGAGAUUUAAAUUAAAAAAAAAAAAAAGGGCCAUGUGUCUAGGAGGAUUACACUGGAGGGGGUUACACUUUAGAGUAAGUGUUGUUCUUUCCUCUCUUCUCUUCAUUCUCUUUCUCAUCCUAGGAAAGAGUGGAAGUUUGAGUUUCAAAAACUAUUGUCCUGAGUAAAGGGGAGUUUAAUCCCAGAAAAUAGUGAUUAAAAGUCCAUGUACCAGCUGAAGACUGGAUAAGAUCCAAGGAAUAUUCUACAGUUGCCCACAUUUUCAGCACUGGAGGAAAUUCAGUUAACUGUUCUUUGUUCUGAGCAUUGCAUUAUGUUCAGUGACUCCAAGAAAUCUAUAUAAAGGUUAAUACUUUCUCCUUUCCACACGUGCUUCCUAAUAGCCCCUCACAAAUACUAUAUUGGAUUUCGGUACGUCCAUCCUUUAACAGAAGAAGCAAUUGAAGAGAUGGAGAGAGAUGGACUUGAAAGGGCAAUUGCCUUCACACAGUAUCCACAGUACAGCUGCUCCACCA